AUGGCGCCGCGCUUCAUCGCGUCGCUGUUGUGGGGCGCGGCGGCGGCAGCCGGCGGCGCGUUCUGCGGUCUCGAGGCGCCGUACUGCUGGGGCAACAUGAAAUCGCUCGCCUCGAGCUCGUCGACGCUGCUCAGCGGGCUGACAACAAAGGCCGCCGGCGAGGAAGGCGGCAAGGUUGCGUUCGGCGACGUCGACGGCGACGGCGUCGACGAGCUCGUGCUCGUGAGCGGCAGCUCCAUGGCGGUCUACGCGCGCGACGGCGACGCGUUCGUCGCGCGCGGCACCGUCGGCUCGAGCUCCGCGUUCCUGAAUCCGACGCUCGCGGACAUGGACGGCGACGGCGACCUGGACCUCGUCGUCGGCUACAGCUCCUACGCGGCGCUGGGCUACUUCCGGAACGACGGCACCGGCACCUUCGAAGAGGUCCCGAGCUCCGACGCGGCGUACCCGUUCAACGGCGCGCUUAGCAACGGCGACUACUCGUACAUGUCGCCGUCUUUCGCGGACCUCGACCUCGACGGGGAUCUCGACUGCGUCCUCGGCGAGAAGUUCUUCAACUUGUACAGAUUCGAGAACGUGGACGGCGCCUGGACGCUGACGGAGGAGAUCGUCACCGCCGCGCACUACGGCAGCCCCUCUCUCGGAGACCUCGACGGCGACGGCGACUUUGAUCUGUUGAUCGGCUUCGGGUACCAGGACGGAUCGUGGUACGGGCGGCUCGGGUACCGGGAGAACAUCGGCUCGGCCACGAUCCCGCUCUUCGAGGAGCCCUCGGACGACCCGCUCGCGGGCUUCGACGGCUCGGAGCACUCGUCGCCCGUCUUCUACGACUUCGACGACGACAACGCGACGGACGUCGUCGUCUCCUACUCGACGGGCGCGCUCGCGCUCCUCGAGAGCGGGUCCCUGUCGGACACGACGAGCUCCUUUUACUACGUCUCGACGACCUACGAGGACCCCUUCAACGCCAUCGACGUCGGCAUCAAGGCGACGCCCGCGCUCGCGGAUUUGGACGGAGACGGAGAUCUCGAUCUCGCCAUCGGCGAGCAAAGGGACAACUCGAUCGUGCUCUUCAACUACUUCGAGAACAUCGGGACAGCGACCGUGCCGGUUUUCGAGCGCGCGGCGAACAACAUCGUCGGCGUCAUCGACGCGGGUACCUGGGGCGACUUUACGCCGACGUUCGGCGACGUCGACGGGGAUAACGACUACGACCUCCUCUCGGGCGACAUGUACCACCGCCUCUAUUACUUCCAGAACAAUGGCGACCCGACGGCGCCGAGCUUCGCGAAGAUCGACUCGGGCCACGCCUUCGACGGCCUCUUCUCCUACGACACCGGAAACACGCUCGCGCCGUAUCUCGUCGACUUCGACGGCGACGGCGACCUGGACCUCGUCGCGGCGGAGUCCGACACCGGGGCCCUCGCCUACGCGGAGAACGUCGGCACGCCCACGAGCCCGAACUACGUGAUGCGCACGGGCGACGCGAACCCCUUCUCGGCCGUGUCCUUCAGCACGAAUUCGUACGCUUACAACCCGGCGUGCGCGGACGUCGACAACGACGGCCUCAUCGACGUCGUCGUCGGCGACCGCGACACGGACGAGCUCCUCUGGUUCCGCAACGAGGCGGGCACGAUCAGCGGCACGGGCCAGGCGUUGGAUAUCGACGAGCCCGGCCCGGCGCUCGAGGGCUACGCGCCGACGUUCGCGGACGUCGACGGCGACGGGGAUCUCGACCUCGUCGCCGGCGUCAGCGACGGCACCCUGCGCCUCUACGUUCGCGACUACUGCGUGCCGACGAGCCCCUGCAACUCGAACGGCAUCUGCAACACCGCGCGCGUCUCCGUCGGCGCGACGAUGACGUCCGUGUCUUUCUCCGAGGCGAGCUGCGAAUGCCUCGUUGGCUUUGAGGGUACGUACUGCGAGCGAUGCCAGUCGGGCUUCUUCGGCACGAGCUGCGACUUGUGCCCCGAGGGAGGCGACGAGGACCGCAAGUCGCCGCGGCUCACGGACACGUGCGGCGUGAAGAAUAGCGGCGUCUCGCGCGGGACGUGCGACGACGGCACGUGGGGCGGCGGCACCUGCGAGUGCCUCGAGCCCUUCUCCGGCGACGGCUGCCUCGACGGCUCCUGCCCCAACGGCACGCGCGUCGCGACGACGCCCUCCGACGGCUACAAUUUCGCGACCUGCGAGGCCUGCGCGUCGGGCUUCUGGAGCCUCGGGCCGGACGCGGCGACGUGCACCAAGGCCGAGGCGGGCACGCGCGCGCUGCCGGACGGCUCCGGCGUCGAGGUCUGCGCGCCGGGGACCUACGCGGCCGCGGGGGCGGUGAACUGCAGCGCCUGCGACGACGGCUACUGGUCCGACGCGGGUGCGACGACGUGCGUGGGCACCUACGCGGGCACGGCCGUCUUUCCGAACCGGAGCGGCUUCUACACGUGCCCCGCCGGCACGUACUCGGAUAACCGGGCGGCCGCUUGCACGCCAUUUCCCUCGCCGACGCCGGCGCCCGUCGCUUCCGCGUCGACGCCCGCGCCUGCGCCGACGCCGCGGCCGACGACCGCGCCCGUCGCAUCUUCCUCGACGUCCUCGGACGCGACGUCGUCGGACGACUGCCUGCCGUCGACGCUGUACCUCACGUUCAGCGGCUACAGCUCGUGGAACGGGGACUACGACUACGUCGCGGCCGGCUCGGACUUCACGGACGCCUCGGAAUACGACAUCUGCGACGACAGCUACCACCUGUGGUCCAAGGCCUCCGGCACGGGCGUGCUCUGCUGGUCCGCGUCGUCCCAGUUCAGCAAUCAGUGGAUCUACUUGUACUUCAACGGCUACGGGGCGAGCAUGUACGGCGGCUACCAGUGCUCCGACUACACGGCGGAUCCGACGGACUGCGACAUGAUCUCGUCGACGUACGGCCUCUCGAGCGCGUCGGCGUCCGGUUGCGCGUCGAGCGAAGCCGUCGUCGCGUCGCCGACGACGUCGGACGCGACGUCAUCGGACGCGUCGUCGUCGGACGACUGCCUGCCGUCGACGCUGUACCUCACGUUCAGCGGCUACAGCUCGUGGAACGGGGACUACGACUACGUCGCGGCCGGCUCGGACUUCACGGACGCCUCGGAAUACGACAUCUGCGACGACAGCUACCGAGCCUCCGGCACGGGCGUGCUCUGCUGGUCCGCGUCGUCCCAGUUCAGCAAUCAGUGGAUCUACUUGUACUUCAACGGCUACGGGGCGAGCAUGUACGGCGGCUACCAGUGCUCCGACUACACGGCGGAUCCGACGGACUGCGACAUGAUCUCGUCGACGUACGGCCUCUCGAGCGCGUCGGCGUCCGGUUGCGCGUCGAGCGAAGCCGUCGUCGCGUCGCCGACGACGUCGGACGCAACGUCAUCGGACGCGACGUCGUCGGACGACUGCCUGCCGUCGACGCUGUACCUCACGUUCAGCGGCUACAGCCAGUGGAACGGGGACUACGACUACGUCGCGGCCGGCUCGGACUUCACGGACGCCUCGGAAUACGACAUCUGCGACGACAGCUACCACUUGUGGUCCAAGGCCUCCGGCACGGGCGUGCUCUGCUGGUCCGCGUCGUCCCAGUUCAGCAAUCAGUGGAUCUACUUGUACUUCAACGGCUACGGGGCGAGCAUGUACGGCGGCUACCAGUGCUCCGACUACACGGCGGAUCCGACGGACUGCGACAUGAUCUCGUCGACGUACGGCCUCUCGAGCGCGUCGGCGUCUGGCUACGACUGCCGCCGUAGGCUCGCCGUCGAGUACGUGACGGGCGCCGAGGGGUCCAGCGCGGCGCGCGCCUGCGAGGCCGGGACUUUUUCGCCUGGCGGCUCGCACGGCUGCCAGCCCUGCACGCCGGGGUCGUACCAGCCCGAGGAGGGCCAGGAGGAGUGCCUCGUCUGCGAGGACCCCUACACGACGCUCGACUACGGCGCGACGGAGCAGGACGCGUGCGUCGAGGGCUGGUACCUCAAGGACGGCGCGUGCGCGGCCUGCGCCGACGUCGACGGCGCGGACUGCGUGUCGUCCGGGACGACGCUCGAGCGCCUGCCGCUGGACAAGGACUGGUGGCGCAUGUCGAUGAACACGAGCCACACCUACGAGUGCGUCUACAAGAACGCGUGCGUGGGCUGGAGCCCCGAGGUCAACGGCACGGUCGCGGGCCCCUUCUCCGCGGGCGACGUAUGCAACGAAGGGCACGAAGGCCCGCGGUGCCAGGUCUGCGAGAACGAGUACCGGCACGUGGCCGACGGCGGCCGGCCGCGCGUCGGCGCGUACUCCGCAAGGAGCGCGCGCCACCGCGGCCAGCGCCGCGCCGGCUAG